UUUUUUCACGACAAGUGGAUGGUGACAAACGGACACUUUUUAGCACUUCAAAAAAAUAUGCGUGAAUAAUUUGUGGGUAAAGGAACAUUAAAGAAAAUAUUGCAUAAUGAAUUCGUUGACUUUAUAUAUAUUUAUUUGUGCCGCAUUUACAAUAGUAUCAGCGCAAAAAUGCCCAGCCGGUUGGUAUGGUUAUUCCUUAACGAGCAAGUGCUACCGGUUUGUCAGUAAAAAUGCAAUGACAUGGGAUGAUGCUCGGGACUUCUGUAAGAUACAUGGAGGUGACAUUCUGAGAGUAGAUUCCGCAGCUGAACAGAAUUGGAUAUUCCGGCAACUAAGAAAUAUGCAAAAUCAUAGUCACGUGCCGCCAUCUCAUUGGUGGGUUGGAAUGAACAAUAGGGAAUAUUUGUCCAAGUGGGAAUGGGCAGACGGUACCCCCGUUGGUCGCUUCAUCCACUGGAAACCUGGCGAGCCAAAUAACCACAAUGGCAAUGAGCGCUGCGGAGAAAUAUGGAAUCCUAACCAGUUUAAUGAUGCCCAAUGUUCUACAAAAUACAAGUUCAUAUGCUGGAGGAAUAGAGGUAUUCCACUCGUUUGUGAUGCUGACAGGGGAUGGCAGGCUUUAAAUGGAGCGUGUUACAGGGUCUACAAUCAGAGAAUGAACUGGAAAGCUUCUCAACGACGAUGUAGUCGGGAUGGUGCUGCCCUGGUAACGGUGGACAACAUGAAUGAUGAGAUCAGUAUGCACGAUUUUGCUGUUUCCACCAGACAACCACUCUGGAUAGGACUUUACACGCACAAGGUUGGAUCAAAAGCUCAGUGGAUGUGGACCAAUGGUACGUCAAUGACCACCACCUACUGGCACGGUACGCCGCAUGUUGGCAGAUCACAACUGAACAGCACGUGCGCGGCAGUCUCAAACGCUUUUCCCUACCAAAGUUCCUGGGUGACGUCAGGAUGCAACGUCAACAGACCUUUCGUCUGCAGGAAACCGGAAGGUGUAUGUUUGCCUGGUUGGACUGGACACCGCAGUAAUUGUUGGCAAUUUAACGCCCAGUACAAAUUAAACUACAACGCUGCUAAAACCUUUUGUAGACAACAGGGCGCAACAUUACUUAAAAUAGGAAGUGACAGCGAUGAAAUGUUCUUGAUAAGCUAUCUUGAUGAACUAAGGGAUAGUGGGGUAACCAAUUUCUGGAUUGGAGCUUCCGAUAAAAGCCCAACAGACGGUCAAUAUAAAUGGGCGGAUGGGUCAGCUAUAACGUACAAACAUUGGGCAGACGCUCACAACACACCUGGCAAUAACAAAAACAGAAAAGAUUGUGUUUAUGUGCGAACAAACGACGGGGCUGGGCGAUGGAGAAGAACAGUUAGCUGCCAGAGUGCCUGGCCGUUUAUUUGUAAAAUACCAAUGGGUAAAAAUGUUACACAGCCUGCAAGAACACCUAGACCAAGGUUUGGAUGUCCCGCCGGCUGGCAGCAGUUUCAACAAUGGUGUUUCCAUAUAGGAGAUAGGGCACUACAAUAUGCCCAGGCGAGGAAUGCUUGCCAACAAACACAAGGAGCAGAUCUGGCCAAGAUAACUGCUGCAAACAUGCAAGGAUUUGUAAACGGCAAAGUUAAGGCAAAUGUAAACUACUGGAUUGGUUUGAAUGAUCGAGUAAUGAACAAUAAUUAUGUGUGGAAUGACGAAACAGUAGCGGUAAGACCUAUUUUUACACAUGACACCUAUUUUACACAGAUUAGUGGACAAUGGAAUGAUUUAAACUGUGCUGCAAGAACACAAUAUAUCUGUUCAAUGGCUGCAGGAAGUCCACUCGCCAGUUUGCCGCCAAGCACUCCUCAACCUCGGACGAAAUCUAUGAAUUCAAUCGCUGUGUGGACAGGUGCUAACGACAGGGGUACAGAAGGGGGUUGGAAAUGGGUCUAUAACAAACCAUUUGCUUUCUUUAACUGGGCACCAGGGAAUGUUCCAAGGACAACAGUUCAAACAACACCAACUGUUAAGAUACCUGCCGGAAUGGUUCUCGGUUGUAAACGCGGCUGGUUACCGUUUAGAAACAGCUGUUACAGGAUUGUUAAACAGAGCGUGUCAAGAACCGCGGCACAGACCACUUGUGGUAGAAUGGCAUCCAAACUUGCCAGCAUUGCUGAUAGGAACGAAAACAACUUCAUUGCUGGAAAUUUACCUAAAGGUACUCUGCCACCCUAUUGGGACGGUUAUUGGAUCGCCUUGAAUGAUAUUCAGAUAGACAAUCGGUUCCAGUGGAGUGACGGAAGUGUAGUGACGUAUACAAACUGGAACACAAAUGAACCCAACAACUGGAUGAACAGAAAUGAGGACUGUGUAACCAUGUUAUUAAGCAAUGGUAAAUGGAACGAUGAGAGGUGUACUGAUAUCAGGCCGGGCUUCGUCUGCAAGACCCCAAAAUCUGCAGUUUCAGCCACCCAGGCCCCUUACCAUGACGGUUGCAAUUGGAAUGCGUAUGGUGUUGGAGCAAAAUGUUACAAACUUGUGAAUUAUGGUAAACCUAUGUCCUGGAAUGUGGCAAACUCGUACUGUAACCGAACAUUUAAAGGACAGUUAGCGACCGUAAAUGACAGGAUUUUACAAGCGUUUUUGUCGAGCAUGUUAGUGUGGAAAUCCGGUUAUUUCUGGAUAGGAAUGAGUGAUACAGUUUCACCGGGGACUUACAAAUGGUUGACUGGGGACUCGGUUAGAUACACAAACUGGUACAGCACACACACAGGAAAUGAAAGAUCCACUUGUGUUGCCAUGGAGGCAACUCCACCAACAGGAUUAUGGGUAAACAGAAACUGUUCAACACCCGGUUACUCCAUAUGCGAAUUUCCGAGGGCACACUAUACACCGACGACCACACCCACCCCCUGGCCUAACGUCAAUUGUCCUACAGGAUGGUCACCAAGUCAGGGAUUCUGUUACAAGGCGUUUGGUAAUCAAAGCACUGUAAAGACCUGGAUGGAAGCUGUCACAUAUUGUCAGACACUCGGUGGCAAUUUGCCAAGUUUCCAUAUCAGCAACAAUGAUUCCUUAUUAACAACUUUACUAUCAAAUUAUAAAAACACACCUUUCUGGAUUGGACUUAAUGAUAGAGAAACAGAAAAAGGCCAUCAAUGGAGUGAUGGAAGUGCAGUUGACUACACAAACUGGAACCCUGGAGAACCGAACGAUUUCCAUGGUUACGAAGAUUGUGUGGUCUACAACCCAGGUGCUGGGUGGAACGACCAGAACUGUUAUAUUGCUUCACGUUUCAUCUGUGCUGUACCCAGAGGAGUAAAUAUGGCCGCCGUAACGCCACCACCCACCGGAGUUCCUUCUACCCAGUACUGCGGGGACACCUCCUGGGUCUUGUUUAACAACAAUUGUUACCAAGUUAGUCCAGUCACGGGAGAUAACUCGUCUUUAUCAUGGUAUGAUGCUAACACGUACUGCAUGGGUCAACAAUCAAAUCUUGCCAGCAUACACAGCCAAGACGAACAUUCCUUCUUAUUAACUAUGAUGACAAAAAGUCAAAGUAAAUCAUUCGCAUACUGGCUUGGACUGAAUUCCUUGAAUGACAAUGGUUUCAAAUGGACAGAUCAAACUGCUGUUGAUUUCGAUUUUUGGAGUCCAAACGAGCCAAAUAAUUACUUUGGUAGUGAACAAUGCGUCGAGAUGAUAAAAUCAUAUGGAUUGUGGAACGAUGAUCAUUGUAGUCAAACAUUACCUUUCAUUUGUAAGAAGCCGAAAAUUGGUGCCGCUGUUAUUGCAACCCCAGCUCCUUACCCCUCCGGUGGUUGUGCACAGGGAUUUACUCGAGCUCCCGGUGGACGCAAUAAAUGUUUUUACAUUGGUGGUGCCAAUCCGAGUUCACGUUUGAAUUACACGGCUGCCUACACAUUGUGUAGAAGGUUCGGAACAGGUUAUGAUAUUGCCAGUAUAGAAGACAUCUUUGAACAAGAAUUUUUACUCACCAUGAUAAAGGGAAUAUCGUACCCUCUCUGGAUCGGUUUGAAUGACCAACAUGGGAACAACAAGUUUUAUUGGCAGAAUAGCGCCCCUGUAAUGUUUACAAACUGGGACAGAGGGGAACCAACUAGCUCACACAAUGGUUCUCCUCUGAAAAAUACGCAAAAUUGCGUGCUCAUGCGCACAAACGCCGGGCAUGAAGGACGAUGGGCAGAUGCUAAUUGUUCACCAAAAAUGGGAUAUAUUUGUCAGUCUCGACAAGAUCCUAAUCUACCAAAAAUGGACCUACCAAAGGGUAACUGUAAAGCAGGAUAUUCGUUCUAUAUGGGAGGUUGCUACAAAGUCAGCACAGUUUCAAAGACUUGGAAUGACGCCCAAGCGGAUUGCAAGGCCGAUGGCGGGAAUUUAGCGUCAGUUACCAGCGUUCAAGAAUCAGCUUUCAUUCAUAUCCUUGUCAACGGCAAAUUCCAGUACUGGGUCGGAUUAUCGGAUACUCAGAUACGAGGGCUUUAUCAAUGGGUAGACAACUGGCCGGUGUUCUACAGUAAUUGGGGAUGGAAAGAACCGUCCUACGGUAGAACAAAUAGUACCGGGUGUGUCUUAGUGAACAUGAGGGGUAAAUGGAAUGAUACAGCCUGUACAAGAAAGGUUCACUACGUCUGUAAAAUAUCGACAGUGUCUGCACCUAAACCAACAGCCAUCUCAAACGGAAACUGCUCAGUAAAGAAUGCAAUUCCAAACCCACAAAACAACUUCUGCUACAGUGUUUACACUGUGAAUGGUAGAUCUUGGCCUGAAGCGAAUUAUCUUUGUCAAAACUCAGGACAACAACUUGUCUCACUACAUUCUCAACCAGAAUUAGAUUUUGUUGUUCAGAUCGUUAGACAGGCUAAAUCGCCAAACCCUUCGUAUAGACCAAAUGUUUGGGUUGGUCUUCAGCAAGGUGGGAAAGGUGCUUACACUUGGAGUGAUGGAACUACUGUGAAUUUCAUGAAAUGGAAAGUAGGUGAGCCUAGUAACAUUGGAACACAUGGUCAGCUAGAACAGUGUGUCGAGCUUGAUAGAGACACCGCUACCUAUAACGAUAUCAGCUGCUUUACUAAUAAAGGAUACGUUUGUAAAAGUCCUAAAGUAAUGCCAACAAACGCUCCAUUUAUACCCGGAUCCGGAGGUCCCGGGGUCCCUACUGGACAAAACGGCUUGCCGAUAUAUGUGGCAUCAACAGGAUCAGGAGGGAUACUUGUAGGCCAGGGUUCUUCCUUGUUACCUUCUUUAACAAACGCUCAAGGUCAACCCGUGUCACCAAACGCGCUAGGACAAUCCGGGAAUACAAAUGUCCAAACAAAAAACUCUACACUUGGUUUAAGUAACGGUGGUAUUGCUGGAAUUGUGAUAGCAUGUGUGCUGAUAUUACUCAUAGCUGCGUUCAUGCUUGUGUAUCUGAAGAGGAUGGGAAAAAUCAAACCACCUGUGCUAGGCCCUGAUACAUCUCUAGGAUUUGAAAACGCUACAUACAGUAGAUCAAGCGAUAAAAUUCAACUGGACUCGGAUGCAUAGACCGACCUUGUUGAACUCAACUCAAUACAACUGAUUACAAAAUCAGUAUCUAUUUAUUGUACGAUUUUGGCCUGGGCAACAUAUUGAGGAAAACAGUAUACCUACGUUUAUAGAGACAGCACCAUGUGUUCCAAAUAGAGUAUAUAUGUGUCAGGUGCAUUUUUAUACAUUCAUGUGCAAUAUCACGAUAUCACACAAAAACUUAGAUGAUUUCAUAUUUUCGGUGUUUAAUGCAUUUAUACAAUACUCAUAUAUUUAUGUUAACCUUUACUUUGCUGGUCCAGGACAUAAAAGAAACAUUUGCCACCAGUAUAGAGCAAUGCAUGCAUGCUCGUCUUUGCAAAAUGACCAUGCUUUAUACUGAUUGGUAACUUCAUUUUUGUAUUUUGGCAUUGAAAUCCCUUACAUUUUGAAUGGACUGUCCCCAAAUUCAAACAUGGGCGAGUCCAUUUAAGAAAUGCAACAGGUUUUGGAUUAACAUUCUCAUGUACAUUAUUAAUAUUCCAGUUAUUCAUCAUAUUUGUAUAUCAUUAAUAUAACAUUUCUUAGUCCGACCAACAAAGAACUAAUGCUCUGGUAGGACAUUUUGUUUAACUUUAUUGGUCAAAUUGUCUGUAAAUGGCAUAGCUAUUGUAAUCGUGUGAAAUAAAUGUAAAAAGUAA